AUGGCCUCCAGUGCUCUUACUUGCAUUUCUUCGGUCUUGGGUUAUCUGCGGACGUUUCUGGAGAACCUGCAUCCUGUUCAAGAACACGAGUCGGGUUUCACAAGAAUGUGGCUGAGAAGUAUCGAAACAUUUCUUUUCUGUGCGAGAAAGUGGGGCAACGAUGAUGAUGCAAGUCUAGGAGCACUGAUAGAUAGGAUUAAUGAUUACAUUUACAAAAUGGGACUGGUGGCUCACACCAUCUGCGCUGCUAGUCAGGAACUUGGAUUGGCUAAGAACCAUUUGGAAGUUUUGCCCACUGAUUCAGAAGAUGUCUUUGACAUCGAAUUAUGGCAAGGCAUCAACAACUGGUACUUGGCUUUAUCAGAUUGCUCAUUAAGGCAUUCAAGUAAUCCACCGUUUAAAAAGGAUGACCUUGUGGAGUUCAUCGACUCUCUUCUGGAAAGUCUAGAUCUUUGUUUUCAAUUCGAAGGAUUUAUAGGUGAAGAGGAUUUGGAGAAAUUAAUCGAAGCCCUUAAAGAAAAGUUAAAAUUCUUGAAAAACUUCAUCUGGUUUGUCACACUGCAAGGUGUUGAAGAUGGGCAAUUGGGACCUUUAUUCAUCCACACUGAAUUUGUCACUGCCAAUGCCGCACGCCUCUAUUUUACAUUGAACCAUUACUCAACCAGCAAUCAUAUUACAGACCUGCUGCAGGAGAUUAUCCCUACAGAAUCCCAAGUUCAUGAGACGUGUGUCCAGGCCCUAAUCACUUCAAAGUUCUCAAGACACCCAUAUGGGGACUCAGACGAGCUUGUGUUGAGAGACUUCCUAGAGUCUCUCCAAUGUAAUAUAUGGUCGAUGCUAAAGUCUCGUACUUUUCGUAUGAUCUCUUUCAAGUUUCAACUGCAAAUUCUUUGGGAGGGAUUUAGAUCCUUGAGAAUCACUCUCAAGGACAAGCCCAAGAAGUUUGAUGAGAAGAUGAGAGAUCUUACUGGACUCGUGCUCUGCGACGCCGGACUUCUAAAUUUUUCUCUUUCUUUGAAUGCUAGCGAUGAUGGAUUCAUCAGGGAGAUGGAUCUUGUGCCUCUUGAUUUGCUGGAAAGGAUUAAUCUUAUCAAGUUAACAGUUGCAGAGGAAUGUCUCGAAACAUCACCGUUUAACUUUCCCAGGACAAAUACGUUGGGAUUUAUUGAUUUUCUUCUAAAAUAUGUGACGGAUUUGACAAGUUCUGAAUCUCUUGCAAAUCAUCCAGUUCAGACAAUCCAGAAAGACCUUGGUUUCUUACGCUCUUUCUUGGGGAAAAUUGUGGAGAUGCGCAAUGGAGAUGAGGAGCUCCAAGCAGUCUGGGACCGUGUUGUGGAGGUUGCAUACACGGUAGAGUUUCUUAUCGACUCCGUGCUGGUUGGAGAUAUUCUAGAUUCCUGUUCACUGUCAUUUGAUUCCAUUGUAGAAGAAAUUGAGUCCAUCAAGUCUGAGGCCUCGAAGAUCUUUGACAGCAAAAGACUUGACGUCAAAGAGAAGGAAGUUACCAAGAGACCCAAUCACACUCCAGCACAGGGAAGUAAGCCAACAAACAAUGAUGUGGUGGUGGGAUUCGAGGAUGAGGCAACCUCAAUAAUCAAUCGACUCACAAGAGGAUCACGCCAAGUGCAAAUAGUUCCCAUUGUAGGUAUGCCGGGUCUUGGAAAGACAACUUUAGCUAAAAAAGUUUACAACGAUUCCUCCAUUAUGUCCUAUUUUUAUACUCGUGCUUGGUGUACUGUUUCUCAAGUUUAUGUCAUGAAAAACUUGUUGCUUGAAAUACUGACUUGUACUGAGUCCAAGCAUUCUGAAAAAUUUUUUGAGAUGAGUGAAGAAGAUCUGGCUGCAGAAGUCAGAAAACGUUUGCUAAGGAAUAGAUAUCUCAUUGUUUUUGAUGAUGUAUGGGACAUGGAAGUAUGGAACAGAUUGGAAGCCUCAUUUCCCAAUGAUGGAAAUGGAAGUAGAGUUAUCAUGACAAGUCGACUCUGUGAUGUUGUUCCGCAAGAUAAUCUCCGCCAAGAACCUCAUUAUCUUCGUCAACUCACUCAUGAUGAGAGCUGGGAUUUGCUAAAAGAGAAGUUAUGUCCCGGAAAAGAUUUGCUUCCUUGCGAAUUAAGUGAACUUCGGAUGCAAAUUGUGGAAAUGUGUCAAGGAUUACCUCUCACAAUUGUCAUUCUAGCUGGAAUUCUAGCGAACAUGGACCCAUCUGGUUGGAAAGGAGAAGUGCAAAGUUUAAGUUCCAGAAAUGUUUCUAGCACAGACCAAUGCACUACAGCAUUAGAGCUGAGUUACGAACAUUUACCAGAUAAUUUGAAACCAUGUUUUCUUUAUUUUGGAGGAUUUCCAGAAGACCAUGAACACACUAUCAAGAGGUUGAUUUGGUUGUGGGUUGCUGAAGGAUUAGUGCAAGCAACUGAUCUAAAGAGUGCAGAGGAUGUGGCAAAUGAUCACAUGAUGGAUCUCAUUAACAGGAGCUUAGUCAUGGUUUCUAAACAAAGAUCCAUUGGUGGAGUCAAAACUUGUCGCAUUCACGAUUUGUUACAUGAGUUCUGUGUAAAAAAGGCCAAAGAAGAAAACUUUUUGCAGCUGGUACGUGGGUACGAUGAAUUGUACACUUUGAACGUGCCACAUUACCUACGUCGCUUAUGUAUCAACUCUACAACAAAGGACUUCAACGAGUCAAGGUUAGCUUUUCCCACUGUUCGAUCUCUAUUAUUCUUCGCACAUGGGAUAAGGUAUUUACCCUCUUCAGUUGGUCUCUCAUUCAACUUUCACCUCUUCAAACUUCUGAGAGUGUUAGAUUUAAGCCAAAUAAAUCUAAAAGACACAUUUCCUAGAGAAAUAGAAUUACUUGUUCACUUGCGGUACUUGGCAAUUCUUGGUGAUGUGUACAUCCCAUCAUCUAUAGCCAAUCUCGAGAAUUUGGAAACGUUUAUGGCAUCAUCUUUAUCGUGGUCAUUGCCAGACACUAUAUGGAAUUUGAAGAAACUAAGGCAUUUAGUGUGGACAGGUCCGUCUUUAUUUGGUGGUUUUGGUUUGCCCACCAAAAAUCUUGACAACUCUCCACAGUUGUGUAAUUUAGAGACCUUGUCUCCUCUAAGACUUUCUUCUUGGGAGAACUGGGACAAGAUAUUCAAAAAGUUUCCAAAUAUCCGCAAGUUGAAAUGCAAGCUCACAGCACCUCAUCAUCCUGCUAAGAAGCAGAGCAAUAACAUUCUAGCACUCGACUUUUCAAGUAGACUAGAAUCACUCAGUUUGAUUGUCCCGCCAAGAUUGGGUAAGCCAUAUGGCCCAUAUCCAGUGGAAUUUCAUUUCUCUUUGACUAUUAGAAAAUUGACUCUAUCCGGCUUUUGCUUGCCAUGGAGCAAAAUAUCAGCAGUUGCAAAUCUUCCCAAUCUUGAGGCUCUCAAAUUACUCAGGGAGGCCUUCGUAGGGGAAACAUGGGACAUGGAAGAAGAGGAAUUCCCUGAACUUAGAUUCUUGAAGUUAGCUUCCUUGGACAUUGUCAAAUGGACUGCCAUCGAGUGCGAGAACAGUUUUCCUCGUCUGCAGAAAUUGGUGUUGGAAAAGUGUUGUAAUUUGGAGGAGAUUCCUUCUUCAAUGGGGAAUGUUUCACCUCUUGAAACAAUUGAGGUGUCUGAUUGUCCCAACUCUGCAAAUUCAGUAAAUGAAAUUCAGGAAGAACAAAUCAGUAUGGGAAACACUGGUUUCAAGAAAGUUUGGUCUGAAUUGUGGCAGCGUUCCUUUUCCCUACGUCCCCGAGUUAAACUGCAUCCCGAUCUUCAGAUCCUCUGCACUUCCCGGCAUUCAGAUAUCCGUGGAGGCCGACCAGAUGAGGACCAAGAAUCUGAGCCUCCCAGGUUGUCGUUUCUCUCAAAAUUCACUAUUUGCUUCAACAGUCGAAGGCUACAGUUUAGCUUAUUAGGCAACGGUGCCAUAAGCUUCCAGGCACUUUUUCUCUUGUUGAAUUUGUUCAAAGCAAUCAACGAUGAAAAGUGUCUCAACUUUCCUACUCCUACACCUCCUCUACUAUUCAGUGGCAGCGUCGACAAAGAUGGAUUCACAAUCACAGCUAUCUGA